ACGGGGGCCGCACUUUUGAGCACGCGAUUCAAAUACACAUCGCAUCUGCCGCAACAGCAAUACGUAGGCAGUGAGGAAAGUACGCGGCGAGCAUUUCCUGCCGCCGAGACAGGUUCGCCCUCUCCACGACGACAAGGACACGCCGAUCGGCGGCGCGCUUCCUUCCUCCACGCCUGACCAACGUGCACGAUGUGCCGGCGGGUGUUCAUCUGCUUCUUGGUGUGCGGCGUCGUAGCUGCGGUGCUGAUUGGCUUCCUCAACCAGGGCCCUGAUCCGUUUAAGGUCAACAAGACGGGCUACUGGGGAACCGCCAGCGUUAAGAAUGUUCGCGCCGCCCCGGAGGACGACCCGGUGAUUUACAAGUUCUCGGUGCACGCCCCCGAGGAAGCCCUGCUGGACCUGAAGCGCCGGCUGGCGUCGACGAAGCUCGCCGAACCCCUUCAGGACAGCCGCUUCGAGUAUGGGUUCAACGCACACGAACUUCGCCGAGUUGUAGACCACUGGAAGGAUCGUUUCGACUGGCGUCAGCAGGAGCGCCUCCUCAACGCCUACCAGCACUACCACACCACCAUAGAGGGCAUACGCGUGCAUUUCAUGUACGCCAGGCCAAAGGCUGAUGCAAAGACCAAGGUGUACACGCUGCUGAUGAUCCACGGAUGGCCGGGAUCUGUAGUCGAGUUCCUGAAGAUCGCCAAAGAACUGGCGACUCCAAAGCAGGGGGUCGCAUUCGAAGUCAUCUGCCCCUCCAUCCCAGGAUACGGAUUCUCCGAAGCGCCACACAAAAAAGGUUUCAAUAGUCUGGAGGCAGCGCGUGUGUUCGUGAAGCUGAUGGACCGUCUCGGACGGAAGAGAUUCUACGUGCAAGGAGGAGAUUGGGGGGCGAUGAUUGCGAAGCUGAUGGCCACCUACUACUCUGACAGAGUGCUGGGGGCGCACAUGAACAUGAUGGACGUGGAGUUCAACCCACUGGUGCUGCUCAAGCUGCUCAUCGGCUCCUUCUACCCGUCGCUGGUGCUGGGCAACGACGAGCGUCUAGUGGCUGCUUCUGCGCUGCCCCUGUGGCCAAAGUUGGUGCAGCUGCUGCGAGAAAGUGGAUACAUGCACCUACACUCCACCAAGCCCGACACCAUUGGUCUGGCGCUGCUCAACUCUCCGGCCGGUCUAGCAGCCUACAUCCUGGAGAAGUUCUCUACGUGGACUGCCGGUACGAACGUUGACCGUGAGGACGGGGGCCUCACUGACAAGUACACCUACGACGAGCUGCUGGCUAACGUGAUGCUCUACUGGCUUACCGACUGCAUCGGGUCGAGCGCACGCUUCUACAAGGAGAACUUCGCUGGUGGUUUGACCCGACCCACAAGGGUGCCCGUGACUGUGCCCGCGGGAUUCUCAGUGUUCCCCGAGGAUCUGCUGGCGUUGCCGAAGUCGUUCGUGGGCCACGCGUACCACGACGUUGUCACCUUCGAGCAGCACUCGAGCGGCGGCCACUUCGCCGCCUUCGAAAAGCCCGAUGUGCUCGAGAGAGACGUGCGUCACUUUGUGGCUGCGGUGGAGGCCCGCAACGCUUCGGCUGCCGGGCCCUUCGCCGCUUUCCCUUUCGUCGAUGUGGGACCACAGCUGUACCGCGCCACGGUGACCUUCGGGCCGAGCAGGCCCGCCGGAGGACAACGCUUCGAGCCAGUCGAACAGCCAAAGGCCGUGCCGCCUCCGAGCCCGCCGCCGGUCAGUAGAGAGCCGGAGGUGAAGCCAGCCUCCAAGCCCGUCGAGAGCAGGCCUCCACCAGCAUCUGCAAACGAGGCAACAAAGCCAGCGCCAAGGGCUGCAGAAUCCGAGCAGCAGCAGCCGAGCCGGAAGGAGCCGGAAGCCAAGGCAAGGACAGCUGCGAAGCCGUCCGAACAACAGAAGAAGGCGAACGCACCUCCUGCUGGGGCCAAGCCGAGUCCUCCUCCGCCUCCCGCAGCGCAGCAAGCCAAGCCUACGCUAUCUGUUGGACAGAAGAGUGCUAACACGAGGCCUCCACCGGCACAGCAGAGGCCUUAAAUCGCGUGCUCAGCUCCGCUCCUGUCAAGAUGCUGGAGUUUGACGUUCGCGUUUUCUUUUGUCCACACUCUUCCAGCCGUUAUGGAUGAAACUUUCAACGCCGCUUGGUUAAAGGGACGCAACGAAAUGAGCUUGCUAUACUGAAUUAAGGCAAGAUUAUUUGUCAUAUUAUGGAACAGAAGUGCGGAAAAGUGCUCUUGCUGUCAGCUUGCACGACAAAGAGGACCAAGACAGUAGCGCUGCCAGAAACUUUUCCGGGGGUGGGGAGGGGGGAUUCAACCUACUUUAUGUAUGUUCGUGCGCGCAUUUGUAUGCAUGCCUAUAUAUAUAUGUAUGCAAGAUUGAAAAAGUUUUUGGGGCGGUGGUUGAACCCCGCUGGCUACGCCAGUGGACCAAGCAACGGUGGAAUUGCAAUUUCACCGCGUGCCGUGGUGACUUUUGACAGCCAUUGCUCGGGACCUGUUGUAUCGUGUCAAGUUAAAAAGACCUGAGCGCAAGUCAUUUGGUAAGAGUCAAUCGACGAAAAAGCGGGGCGAAAUGAGCGCGGACGAGGGAGGAACAAGGCCAAAGCGCUCUUGAGGUUUCUGAAAUGCCAUCAUGUUCAAAGAUGCAGCAUCUGUCAGCACGCUUUUGAUAUGCUUUACUGAGUUCAGCUAUCUUCGUCGGUUGUCUGUCAGUGUGGUUUUAGGUGCAUGAUUACCAUUUUUUUUAAUGACAUGGCGCAUGCGUGGUUGUAAGUAGUUUCCCAUCCCCACAAUAUGCACCUUGUCAAAGGUAUAUUUUUGUACUGUAAUAGAGUAAACAAAAGUAGAUGGCAGAAGCGCUUGUCCUGUGUUCCUUCCUUGUGAGAGCUUAUUUCACGCUGUGUUUUUCUUUUUUUCACCGAACGCGUUAAGCUCGGUUUUGCUGUGGUGCAAUGUAACCAACGAGUCAAAUGGCAUGAGAACAUCUCGCGGCAUACUACAUGGUCAAAUACUGUAAAAUCUAACACUCUUUCGGCUGCGCAGCUUAUGGCUGGAAAUAAACGAACGGAAAAGCAAG